AUAAGAUGAAGGGGUUGAUUAUGGAUAAUUCAAUUGGCGACAGAGUAUUCAUGAAUAGUCGUACUCGAUAAUUUGUCCGGAGAGAGUCAUUCAGAGGAUGAUGAAGUCGGCGUCUAAGAAAUAUCCGCAACUGAGUUUUGAAGAUGGAGUCUGGAAGGGCCCGAAUAAAAUAUAUCGGGAUGAUGAUUUUCAAGUGGGAAAGAGACUACUCCAGAGCUUGAAGGCGACCCCAAGUUUCGUUGGUCAGAUUGAUUCUUCAACUGGAAAAUUGGAUACCUUCGGUGAGAUGAUGGAGAGGAGCAUACGGUGUGCCCUGUGGCUAAAGAAAAAGGGCAUAGGACGUGGUGAUGUCAUCUCCAUCGCCGGAGACAACCACGAGAACACUGUAAUUCCUAUUCUCGCUGGUCUUUACAUCGGAUGCACCGUGAAUACAUAUCCACACGAUUGGGUAGAUGACGAAUUGAUCUCCGAUUUCGUGGAAACUCUCGAGCCGAAAGUUGUUUUCGCGGAAGUGGGCCUGGCCCCCAGGAUGCUGAAACAUAAUAGAAGUGAUGAUGAAAAAUUCGAGAUCAUCGUUUUUGGGAAUCUCCCGGGAUUUGUGUCCUUUGAGGAGAUCCUGAAUGAACAGAGUGCUACGGAAGUUGCUACUUUCGAGUGCGAGGAUAUUCCCUCUGAAGGAAAUACCGCGUUUCUAUUCUUUACUUCAGGCUCGAGUGGCCAACCAAAAGUAUUUCAGUAUUCGUACAAAUUACUGAAGCGAGAUGUCCACUGGCUCCCAGAGGAAGAGCUUCAUGAGAGGAUUGGAAUAUGGUGUACUGAGCCUGCUUGGACAGUUGUCGUCAUAUGUGCUUUGGGGGCAAUAAUGAAUCGCUCAACUUAUGUCAUUCACAAAUACAUUAAUGCAGCUAAUAUGUGCAGAGUCGUUCAGAAAUAUAAGAUCAACUGGAUGAUGUUGGGGUCGGAGCACGUGAACAUGAUAUCACGGUUAUCACACCCCGAGGAUUUUGAUUUUUCUGAAAUAAAUUUCAUAAGAUACUGUGGGUCCUACAUCAGGCCGGAAAUAGAAAAGAAUCUGCAUGCCAUAUUCCCUCGGACGUGGCUGUCGCAAUCGUACGGUUUAACAGAAGUCGGUGUUGUUACGUAUGCGAUGAGAGACCACAAGUGUCCCUCCUGUGGUAUACCAGCUGAGAAUACUGAAGUGAAGCUCAUAAAUUCUAAGGAUGAGACAAUCAUGAGUCCCAAUCAAUCAGGAGAAUUGUGCGCCCGAACUCCGGGUUUGUCGAUAGUUUAUCACAAGAAUACAGCAGCUUCGGAGAGAACACUUGAUUCAGAGGGUUGGUAUCGUACUGGGGAUUUGGCGUACUACAACGAGGAUGGAGAGUUUUUCUUCGUUGAUAGAAUGAAAGAAAUGAUCAGAUAUCUUGUUGCUGAUAUUCCUGCUGGGGUUGUAGAGGAUUGCAUUCUGAAGCAUCCUGGAGUUCUUGAGGUAGCUGUUGUUGCUAAGCUGCAUGACGAGGACAUAGAACACCCAAUGGCUUUCAUUGUUAAAAAGCCUCAUGUCCGGGUGACGGAGGAGGAAAUCGAGAGCUGGGUUGAGAAACAUUUGCCAGAUCGAAUGAGACUGCGGGGGGGCGUGAAAUUUCUCGAGGACAUGCCGUACAACAACUCUGGAAAAAUUGCUAAGGGUAUACUGCGUCAUUGGUGCAAUGCCGAAUAAUCUGACUUAGGGAUUUCUUCGGGAAUUCACUCAUGGGGCCUUGGAACAAAUCAUUCCGAUGAUAUCAUUACACAGUUCGGUUGACGAACAGAUAAAAAUCUUGGUGAAAUCGACAAUAUCAUUAUCGGAUACAAUAAUCUGCAUUAUCAUCCUUGAUAUCAUAAUCAUCUAUGCUGGUA